CCACAUACGCACAUACAUACCCUCAUACUACAUGUGCACCUGUUGUUUGCGACGGGUUGGCUAGAGGCUCUCGUGGAGAUGAUGCGAAGAAGUUGUGCCCUGAACUGAACCUGUUUGCGGUCCCCGAGGAGCACGGCAAGGCUAACCUCACUAUAUUCAGGAAUAAGAGUACAGAGGUGUGUUUAAUUAUGGCUAACCUCACUAUCUUCAGGAAUAAGAGUACAGAG